GAUGACAGCCUGUCUGUGAUAACCUGUGAAUCAGAUACAGAAAUGAAGUUAAAGAAGAAAAUUUUCCACAAGCCUCCAAAGUCACCAAAGUCUCCAUACAGCUCUAGCACACAACUGUAUCCUAAAAAAGCUGCAGUUUGGCGAUCUCUGCAGGGAACAGGCAGUGCACGUCUCGAGAGCGCAGCUGUAAAAAACCCAAGGCAGAUGUGGUUGGGAUCGCUGAAACAAGGAAUGAGCCAUCCUCUGAAAUCAGAUGUUGUCAUGGGUCAUAUGCGAACAAACAUUGCUAGCAGCACUCCAGAAUAUUUGAAGGAAGCUCUAGGAAUGAAGAAGCCAAAACAUUCUCGUUCUUCUAGUAAUGGCUACAUUCCUGGAACUCCUGACUACAAAGAAAAAGAAGAUAUGUAUGAUGAAAUUAUAGAACUGAAAAAGAUGAUACAAGCUCAAAAAAAUGAGGGAGAUCGAAUGAAAACUAAGCUCCGUCGACUAGAAGAAGAGAACAAUAGAAAGGAUAAACAGAUUGAGCAACUGUUGGAUCCUUCCAGGGGCUUGGAGCUGGCACGAACUUUGUCAGAAAAGAAGACUGAUAAUGGAUGGGUGGUUAGUGGAUUAAAGCAGAAGAUUCUCAAGCUAGAACAACAGUGCAAGGAGAAAGACAACACUAUUAACAAAUUCCAGGCAGACAUGAAGACCACUAAUUUGGAAGAAAUGAGGAUAGCUAUGGAAACCUACUAUGAAGAGGUUCAUCGUCUCCAACUCCUCCUGGCAAAAUCUGAGUCUAUGAGGAAAAAUACAGAGGGCAGAGAUACCCAAAAACGACUAAAGGCACUGAAUGCUGCUGUCCUGAGACUAUCCAGGAACAUCAAGGAAUUGCAGAAUGAGAAUCGGAGGCUGAAAGAAGAUCUAGAUCAUGUACUGAGCAGUUCUCCUCCUUCCAAUAAAACAAAAAAUUAUAGUGAGUGGAGCAGACAGAGGCUGGUGAGGCGGAUUUCAGAACUAGAAAAAAAAGUGUGUGCCAUGGAGAACACCAGGGUGUCAUCAGCAGAUAGUGAGUCAUCACAGUUACUUGCUGUGUCAUCUUCGCCUUCUGUAGACCUGGAUCAUCCAGCCUCUCAACAGAUAGACCAUGUUGAGGAAUGUCGCCGCCUCCAAGGGCUAGUGAAGAAACUGAAGAGUGAUAGGAAGGCACUUCAAAAUCUCCUACUCAAUAAAGAGUUAGAUAUCAAGCAGUUACUGCAGGCUAAGGCUGAAGUGGAGCUGGAGCUGCAGAAGUGGCGGAAUAAGAUGGAAGAAAAGAGUACAGAAGAGCAGACUUUAAGUGAGGAAAUCCAGAACCUGACACAGAAAGUAGGGAAACUGGAGUCAAAAUUGGAGGAAGAGAAGAGACAAAUGGUGGAAGAUACAAUGGAAAAGCUUAAUAAGUCUUCACCAGUCUGCACGGUUAAAGGCAAAGAAGAUCACAGGAAGGAACAAGCAGCCAAAAUCAUCCAGAGACAGUGGAAGAUGUACCGAAACAAGAAAGAAGAAAUUGCUCUGGAUGAGGCAGUUGUUAUGCUUCAGGCAGCUUUCAGAGGACAUUUAGCUCGACAGAAACUGUUACUGAAUAAUGGGAUGCAUGAUGCAAAAUCUCACAACAAGAUCUCCUGUAUGUCUCCUGUGUCAAACUCCUUGAGCUUGUCUUCUGAUUGUGAGGAAAAAGAUGAGAUUGUGACAUUCAUCCAGUCCAUUUUCAGGGCUCACUUAGCACGUACAGUACUGCUUGAGGAGAGGCCCUCUGUGUCCGGUGCACCAAGUGAGAAAGCAGAUUCUGCAGUUUACAUUACAGAGAAGAAACCAGUCUCAGCAGCACUCCAGAGACCUCCUUCAAUCUUCAUGUCAUCUCUUCCUGCCAGGUCCUCUGAGAAGCAACCACAGCCUCCUCUCCCUCUGUCUGUGGAUGAAGCUCACUCAGAUGAUUCAGAUGAUAUUGUCAUUGUCUCUCCGUCGUUGCAGAUGAAGAAAAACUACACCCACUUUUAAGUUUUGGUAACAGGCUCUGGUGAUCUUGAAUUAUUCAAUUUGCAAAACUAUUUCUACCAAGAUAAAGCAUAUCAAAGAUGAAAAAAGGGGGAAUAUCGGCCCCUUUUUAAUGAUCGUUGUCGUUAUUUCAGCCAUAAAUGAGUAAUUGUUUGAUAUGUCAUCUCUGCAGACUUUAUGGCUAAAAGCCACUGACUGUUACCCUCAUCCUCCUGGUACACAGAGAGAGUUUGGAUUUAAAAACUAAAACAAAACAGUUCAAUAUUUUGUCUCACAAUGAGAAUUAUAAAUUCAGUUGCCAAAUUUAAAUUAAAGCAAUAAAGCCUUAAGCUAUUUCAUGUCAAACAAAGUUUUGUUUCAGGUUGACUAAAAUAAUUUGUUUAAUCGGAAAGUGAUUAAUGACAUGGCUCCAGGUUUCAAUCUGUGUACGUGAAGGGGAACAGCUUAUAUUUGUUACCAGGUCCUCUCUAUUUAAAAAUUUUACCAUGUCAUAUGUUAAUAUCUUUUUGUUUAUUUUUAUACUGAACAUUUACAGUCUGUGCAGACCUCGUAAAGGCUUUCAGAAAGCCAUUUCUUUGUCAUAGGGAUAUUCUAGGCCUACUGUAUCAGCAGGGUUUUCUUAUUUAUUGCCUUUUCCAAGUGUGCUUGCUAUGAUAUGUAUAGAACGAUUUCAUAUUUGAAAUGUCCGAUCACAUAAUCAAUUUUUUUUAUUUGUCAGAGAAGGUGCGUAAUAGCAGGAGUGUUCUGUGAAGGAUGCCCUUGUGACUGCUGCUUCUGCUUACAUAUCACAAAUGAGAGUGGAUUAUGCAGGGUCACCUCUAAUAUGUGAAAACAUUUGACGUAGGAGUUAUGUUGCUUUAUGUCCUGUUUUAGCUUGCAUCACUUGACUGACUGAAACUUUCAUCUAACUAGAUUGCUCAUACACUGAGCACUAAGGGGUUUUAAGUCUAACGUUGCUUUGCUGUUGUUGAUCUCUCCUCUCAGUACUGCCUUUGCAUGUGUACACGUUAUAUAAAUUACAUAUAUAUAUAUUCACACACGCUGCGAGUGCGCAGAGGCUGGGAGAGGGAUCACAAUAUACAGCCAUGUUCUGUCAUCAGGUAAAGCUACGAGGCUGACAGUGCCCAUGCUUUCCAGCAGUCUGCUCUGUUCUGAGGGAUAUGGAUUGGGAUCAGUGUAAUAUACAAAACCUAACCCAUGCUGUUUGGUUUAGGAACAGAAGUGAUAGGUUGGAUUAUAAUAGAAAUUAAGACUGCAUCCAGAAAUAACACUAUUUGACAGUAUCGUUGUCCAUGGAAGGACCAAAGACAUAAUGGGCUGUGGAGAAUAUGGUCAGAGGAGUCUUUCCAGAUCUUCUACGCAGACUGUACCCCUUCUUCACUGGAAGGAGGACCUUAUAGUUCCUACUAUCAUGCCAACAUCCUUCAUAGGCAUUACAAUGUGUGGGGGUUUUUUUAAGAUGAACUAGGUGAAUUAUGUGAUAUUUACUGGAAGGAGAAUUUAAUUUUACAAACACACAGUGAAGUUUUUGUGGAGACCAUAAUGGUCUCUUUGUCAUCAAGGAGUAAUAAAGACUCCUGUAAACAGAAAGCACAUUUUUAAAUAUAAGAUUCUUAUCACCUUUCCCUCUUCUUUUUUUAAAUUAAAAAUCAGUCAGCACUGUUUCACGGAAUACUAAUAAGUCAGAGCUGUCUCAGUUCUUUGAUUUCAGUGAAGCACUAUCUGAGGCUUAUCAUAGUUCAUGCCAGUACUUGCAGCCAAAGAGGAAACUGGAUGGCUGCAGCACAAUGCAGCUGAUUUCAUUUAAUCCCAUCAGUGCAAAUGCUGCCUGUGCUAUUUCCAAAGGCAGUUUUGGGAGCUCUCCAUACCCAAAGCAGUCUGAAGAAUGUCAUUUACACUCCUGUUGGGUAAAUUUUUCCUGCUGGUACUUUGGUCACAU